AUGAGUACAAAUAAACAGUGGGAUGUUAACAAAGCACUGGCUGUUGCCAGCCUCUUCCAUUUUCUUUACAGUGCAGGAAACGCCUGUGUGAUUCCAUUUUUAACUCUUUACUUCCGGCAACUGGGGUUGACUGCCCCUUUAGUAGGUAUUAUCAUUGGAAUUAAGCACUUAAUAUCAUCUCUCUGGGCUCCACUAUGCUCCUACUUUGCAAAGAGCCACAGUAAAAGGAAAGUUCUCAUUACUGGAUCAUUGCUGUGUUCAGUGGGAACCGGUUUGCUGCUUACACUUGUCCCACCUUUGAGCAAGGAUGUCAUGUACAAAUAUUGUAAUAUAAGCCAGCAAUCAAGUAGCUUAUUGAAUGCAGUAGAGGUCCCUGACAUGAGUCUGAACAAUCUGAGUGCUGUAAAUCCCAGUACUGUUACCAAUAAAGAAAUGGUGUCUGCAGAAACACUAAGAACAGCUACAAAUGUUUUGGUGACGAGUGGAAAGCCACCGCUAACAAGUACAGCUUUCCAAGAAUUGUUUACCUUUACAGAUGCACAGAAGAAGAAUGGUAAAAUAACUGGUGAAGUGGGUAUAACUGCAGACCAUUACAAUAAUAGGUCUUCUGGCAAGAUAGUUUCUUCUAUGAAUGCAAUUAACCAGAUGAUACAAGAACUUGAGACACUCACUUCAAAUGAAACACCAAUCCAUAGGCUUGAGAAGGAAACCAAAAUUCCAGAGGUUGGGCUGCUGAAUGUGAAUAGUAAUCCUGAGAAAAACCUUUCUGUUGGUGGAAGUACUGAAUUUUCUUUACUUCAAACAAACCCUCACCCUGCUGGUCAAGCUUCUUAUGUUUUUGAAAAUCUGUCGAGUCACUGGGAGAAAGUUCGGGAUGUCAACUUUGAGCUCCUACAAGAUAUUAACUUUCUUGACCGUAAGCACCAGAUUUUUCUCAUGGUGCUAGGUGCUGUUGUGUUUUGGGAGCUGUUGGCUGCACCUCUUGAAUGGAUGGUUGAUGACAGUCUUUAUGAAUAUCUUGACUUUGUUGAUGCAACUGACCGAUAUGGGAAGCUUUGGAUUUGGAGUUAUUUGGGUGCAUCUGGAGGAGCCUGCAGUAUCACCAUAUUUGUAGAUCAGUUGAACUGCUUCCUCAGUGCUAAAAUCUCUCGUCUCGCUGUGCACUUCUAUGGCUAUGCUGUACUGAUCACACUCACAUUGCUCAUCAGUGUCUUUCUUCCUAUCCAUGUUUCCAAGAAAACAGAGCAUGUGAACAAAACUGUCAAAGCUCUGAACCUCAUUGGAAGUGAUGGCCGAACAAUUCUCUCUGCUGUCACCGUCUUCCUUACAGGAGUCAUUGGAUCUACUGUGCAGAAUUUUCUCUUCUGGCAAAUGCAGGACCGAGGCAGCAGUGAAUUAUACAUGGGUCUCUCGGUGGCUAUCGGACUGAUUGCUGAAAUUCUGCUUUAUGUCUUCAAAAGCAAGUUACUAAGGGCUCUCUCAAGUAGUGGUACUGUUGCACUGAGUUUAAGCUGCCUUUCAGCACAGCUUCUGUACUAUUCGUUCCUAUGGAAUGCAUGGUCAGUACUGCCUAUUCAGAUGUUGUGUGCCUUCAGCAACGGUGCCUUAUGGUGGGCAGUUAAUAUGUUGGUUGACGAUGUAGCCAGUCCUGGGACAGAGAGAGCUCUGCACGUCGUCCUCCAGGGCCUCUCAUAUGGUUGUGGAGCUAGCCUGGGAAGCUUUGCCGGCGGAUUUGUUGUGAGCAACUUUGGCUUGGCAGUUCUGUACCGGGCGUGCUCUAUAAGUUUGGCACUGUGGUUAAUCUUGUUCCUAAUUGUCCAGUCUAAGUUGCCUCGGCAGAAAAAAAUUAAUUAUUCUCGUCUCCUGGCUGCAGAUCCUAGUGAUGAGAGUGACUCUGACGAGGAGAAGGAAAGGGACUGGCUAGUGAAAGCUAUGAAAGAUGAGAACUUCAGUAGGAAUUGGUAA